AUGGAGUUUCCAAGGAUCGGCAACGGUAGAGGGGAUGGGAACAAGAUAGGGGCAAAAGGGGAAGAAAAAUACCCAGAUGAUGAGGAAGACGGAGAAGUCAAGCGGAGGGGAGGAAGUAGCGCCGGUGGAGUCGGUGGUUUUGGUGGGCUUUGUGGGUGGUCUUCGUCACGGAUUGUUAGGGUUUCAAGGGCAUCCGGGGGCAAAGACCGACACAGCAAGGUCUGGACCUCGAAAGGGCUUCGGGACCGCAGAGUUCGCCUCUCGGUCCCCACAGCUAUUCAGUUCUACGAUCUCCAAGAUCGUCUUGGCUACGACCAGCCCAGCAAGGCCUUAGAGUGGUUGCUUAAAGCAGCCACUAAGUCCAUCGAAGAGCUUCCUUCCAUCAAUACUUCGUUCCCCGACACGCCUAAGCAAUUCAGUGACGAGAAGAGGUCAAGUGCAGGGACUGAUCAGCAGGGAUUCGAUUCAGCAGACGCGGAAUUAGAUGGGGACCCAAACUAUCAGCAGCAACAGCAGAAUAUUUCUUUGUCUAGAUCUGCUUGUAGUAGCACUUCCGAGACGAGUAAGGGCUCUGGUUUAUCUCUUUCGAGGUCCGAAAGCCGCUUAAAAGCCAGAGAAAGAGCAAGGGAAAGAAAGGUAGAGAAGGAGAAAGAGAAGGAGAGUGACCCCAAUGUGAAUCCCAUUUCCCAAAUUCUAAAAAUGGAUCAUCUCGGCAAAAUCUGGGCGUCGAGGAAGCUAAUUUUUUUCCAUAAACCGACCUCACAAUGGUCUUCAGCUCCGAUUGACUACUUUUCCCCGGGAUUACUUCCUUCCUCGUCAUCCAGAAAUCACCAAUUCCAGUUGGGUAACUCUCUGGCACAGUCCUUGACGAUUUCGCCCUUCACUGUGUCGGGAGAUCACCACAAUCCAGAGUUGCAGCACUUCUCUUUCGUCCCAGAUCAUCUAAUCCCGGUUGCUACUGCCGCAGGUGGCGGCGCGGGCGACUACAACCUAAACUUCACCAUUUCUUCCGGCAUUGCUGGUUUUAAUAGGGGGACCCUUCAGUCCAAUUCGCCGUCUCUGUUACCUCACGUUCAGAGGUUGUCUUCUGUUGACGGAUCAAAUACACCCUUCUUCAUCGGGGCUGCAGCAGCUUCCAACGCUGCACCUGUGGAGAAUCAUCAUCACCAAUUCCCCGCUGGUCUUGAUGGCCGCCUGCAACUCUGCUAUGGCGACGGCGGUCGGCAUUCGGACCAGAAAGGGAAAGGAAAGAACUAA